AUAGUUUCAAUAAAAAAAAAUAUAACAUGGAUGUUCCGCUCCUGUAACUCUAAUCCAUUUUCGAACCCGACCCGUAUAGUGAAAGCAGUGAGUUGUUACAGUUUUAUUUCACCGGCGGUAGGGUUUUACUUUUACGCUACUCUGUCUUUUCCCCCAUUCCACCGUCAUCUUAUUAACAAGAUCAUAAUUUUAUUCCUCUUUUCUCCAUUGCCGAGAUCUGCUUUUCUUAUCUGCUGAAGCAUAAAAAUGGAUGAUGUUUUGGAUCCUGAUUUGAUCAGUGACCUUCCUCAAAGCAUUAUAGAGACAAUUCUCAUACAACUUCCGAUAAGAGAUGCUGUCAGAACUAGCAUUUUGUCAAGAAAAUGGAGGUACAAAUGGUCUACCAUUACUCAGCUCGUGUUUGAUGAAAAAUGUUACCCUACUUGUCACGAUCGGGAGCUUGUUCAGAAAAGUGUUGUUGAGUUUAUCACCAGAUUGUUGUUUCUUCAUCAAGGGCCUAUUCAUAAGUUUCAAAUUGUCAAUACAAGCUUGCAGAGCUGCCCUGCGAUAAAUCAGUGGAUUCUUUUUCUUUCCAGAAAUGAUAUUAAGGAUUUGAAUCUUGAGUUAGGAGAAGGAGAAUUCUUUAGGAUGCCUUCCUGUUUUUUCGGUUGUGAGAAAUUGACUCGAUUGGAGCUCUCGCGCUGUGAGUUGUAUCCGCCUGCUAGUUUUAAGGGUUUUUUGUGUUUGAAGAGCCUCAAUCUUCAUCAGGUUUUGAUAUCCCCUGAAGCAAUUGAGAGCCUUAUUUCAAGUUGCCCUCUCUUGGAGAGUUUAUCACUCUCGUACUUUGAUUGCUUAGCUCUAACUGUCUGCGCUCCUAACCUCAAGUACUUGUGUCUUGAAGGUGAAUUCACCGAAAUUUGUCUUGUAGAUACUCCUCUCUUGGUUGAAUUAUCCGUUGCUAUGUAUAUGACUGACGAUGUUGCCGAGCACAUGGAGCAAAGCUCAACUUGCAAUUUUGUCAAGUUUCUUGGAGGUGUGCCUAAUCUUGAGAGACUUGUUGGUCUAAUUGACUUCACAAAGUAUUUGAGCAUAGGAAACGAGCAUCCUGCUAUAAUGUACAACAAUUUGGAAACUAUUGAAAUGUACCAAGUAAGUUUUGAGGAUAUGAAAGAGAUACUUGUCGUCCUUCGCUUGAUUACAAGCUCUCCUAAUCUAAAGGAACUUCACAUUUCGGGUUCAUCAAACAUAUCAGCUGGCACAUAUGCUGCUGGUAUGGAAUUUUGGGAAAAAGAAUGUCCUUCAGAUUCUAUACUUAGUCAGCUUAAACUUGUGAAGUUGACAGAAAUGAGUGGUGUGCCACAUGAGGUCGAAUUUAUCAAAUUUUUGCUUGGCUGUUCACCUGUGUUGGAGACAAUGAGUAUCAUUCCUUCUAUGUAUGAUUUGGAAUGUCAAUUGAAAAUGUUGGUUGAAUUGAUGAAGUUUCGAAGAGCUUCUACUAAAGCAGAAGUUUAUUUCAUCCGGGGAGAUUAAAACUUUGGACGAUGUUGUCAAAUGCAUCAUUUCGCCCUUUCUAUCAUUUCCACUGUUACUUUAUUUUUUACAAUUAGCAUACAAUCAUGUACAUAACCUCUUAAGAUAUAUGAAACUUGUGCAUUUCUAUCAUAACCUUUUAAGAUAUAUGUUGUCAAAUGGAUUCUUUUGGCCUUUCUAUCA